AUGGAGAAAAACAUUGCGCCGCCAGCAUACGCUUAUGGAAACACUCAAGGUUUUGCUGGGCCGCCGCCUGCAGCAGGACACUAUCAACAGCAGCAGCAGCAGCAGCAGCAGCAGCCAAUGUCAUCGAGUGAUUAUCCAGGUGUAGUAGGCGCUACACCAGCUGUCCAACGUGGCGUAGAAGGCUAUGAUGCCUAUGGCCAGCCUAUCCGACCCGCCUUUAUGCAACAACGUUAUCAGAUCGAACAAUCCUUGGGCCCCGUGUGUCCACAGGGUGGCUACCAUGAAUUACGGAUGCAUUAUACCAACACGACACUUUUGUUUGCCAUCCUUAUUUUGCCCUACUUGUGUGGCUGGCGAGGAAAGCGUGAGUGCGUAUGCAAACGAUGCGGUCAAACGUUCCCGAACAUUGUCCUUCCUGAGCCCUAG